CUGUGAGUAGCUUCGCGCCAAGUUUGUGUUCCUGGCGGGUGCCGUGGGUCACGUGGCGGGUUCGGAGUUACCAGUCGGCGGGUGUCUGGGUCCCGGCGAGACCGGCGACAAUUUAAAGUCAAGGCGUCGCCAGACACGUGGGGGAGCCGCCGCGUUCGGGCAACUUUGAACCAGUGUGUGAUGGAGAAGGCUCCAGUCAAUGGGGCCCACAAGGAUGUUGCCCUGUGGGCCUCCCACGAUAAGAUGCUGGUACAGCCCCUCAAGGAGAGUGAUGUUGAGGUUUACAACAUCAUUAAGAAGGAAGGCAACCGGCAGAAGGUUGGAUUGGAAUUGAUCGCUUCAGAGAAUUUUGCCAGCCGCGCAGUAUUGGAGGCCCUAGGCUCUUGCUUAAAUAACAAAUACUCUGAGGGGUAUCCUGGGCAGAGGUAUUAUGGCGGGAAUGAGUUCGUUGAUGAACUGGAGAUACUAUGUCAGAAGCGAGCGCUGCAGGCCUACCAUCUGGAUCCUAAGUGCUGGGGAGUCAAUGUCCAGCCAUACUCAGGUUCCCCUGCAAACUUCGCAGUAUACACUGCCCUGGUAGAGCCCCAUGGGCGUAUCAUGGGCCUGGACCUGCCUGAUGGGGGCCACUUGACUCACGGUUUCAUGACUGACAAGAAGAAAGUCUCAGCAACAUCCAUCUUCUUUGAGUCCAUGCCAUAUAAGGUUUAUCCAGACUCUGGCUACAUCAACUAUGACCAGCUGGAGGAGAAUGCCCGCCUCUUCCACCCAAAGUUGAUCAUUGCAGGGACGAGCUGUUACUCCCGCAACCUGGACUAUGAACGUUUGCGGAAGAUUGCUGAUGAGUGCGGUGCCUAUCUCAUGGCAGACAUGGCACAUAUCAGUGGUCUAGUGGCAGCUGGUGUGGUGCCCUCACCUUUUGAACACUGCCAUGUGGUGACCACCACAACACACAAGACUCUGAGAGGCUGCCGUGCCGGCAUGAUUUUCUACAGGAAAGGCGUGCGCAGCAUUGAUCCCAAGACUGGAAAAGAAAUUAUGUACGAACUAGAGUCUCUCAUCAACUCUGCAGUGUUCCCAGGCCUGCAAGGGGGUCCCCACAACCACGCCAUUGCUGGGGUUGCCGUGGCCCUGAAGCAAGCCAUGAGUAUGGAAUUCAAAGUGUACCAGUUGCAGGUCAUCGCCAACUGCAGGGCUCUGUCUGAGACCCUCACAGAGCUGGGCUACACAAUAGUGACAGGUGGUUCUGACAACCAUUUGAUCCUUGUGGAUCUCCGUUCCAAGGGUACAGAUGGUGGAAGGGCUGAGAAGGUGCUAGAAGCCUGUUCUAUUGCCUGCAACAAGAAUACCUGCCCAGGUGACAAGAGUGCCCUGCGGCCCAGCGGACUGCGACUGGGGACCCCAGCACUGACUUCUCGAGGACUUUUGGAAAAAGACUUCCAAAAGGUAGCACACUUUAUCCACAGAGGCAUAGAGCUGACUCUGGAGAUUCAGAAGGACAUGAGCGUAAGGGCCACAAUGAAGGAGUUCAAGGAGAAACUGGCAGAAGAUGAGAAGUAUCAGAGCGCACUGCAAGCUCUCCGAACAGAAGUAGAGAGCUUCGCUUCUGCCUUCCCACUGCCCGGAGUGCCUGAAGUCUGAAGGAAUCCAGCCAGGGAGCCACCUGCCCCUGGACUCAGUGCCCACCUGAGAUACCAUGGCUGCCCCACAGGGGACCUAACUAAACCUCUUUGUGCCCUUUGAGGGGAUUUCUUUCAGACUACUCAUGUUUUUACAGAUCAAAACCUAUAAAAGCCUGGGAUAAUUCUGGGACAGGUUAUUAAGGGAUUUAAAUUUAAGCCUCACAUUCCCAAUAGCUGUAUAUAAUUAUAAUUAUUCUGGAAAACCUAGAUACUGUGUAGUCAUUUGGCCUUAGUCUUAUAGACAGCAACACAGGGUGAAGCUACUAGAAUGAUUCUGGCAUCUUCUUUGCCUUGGUCUAAGUUAACUGGCUCUCCCCUGACAUGCUGCCCAUUCUGUUUUGUUGCCCAGGGGGAUGCCAAAGGAGGACUGAAUUAGGACCAUUACAGUUGCACAAGGAAAUUCUGAAUAUUGUACUCUGCAGUUGCAAUUAUAUGUUUCCAUAAAUGAAUAAGAUGUAGUCAGUACAGUAGGUGAGCUUGCCAUCAGCAACCCAAAGAAGAAUGGGUGGAGGUGUUACUUGGAAGUAGACACUAUGGUUAGCCAUGUAUGAGGCCCUGCAUACAGACAAUGUAGUAAUUUUCUCCAGCCCUCCCCUAAGGACAUGCCCAGUUCCUUCCUGAUGUAGGAGUUAGAUAUGACCAGGGGCUUUCCUAUUCAAUCUUCUACCCCCUAAAAAAUAAACAAUUGGUGGCAGCAGCCCAAAUGUCACCUUCCAAAGAAUCUUUUAUUUUUCACAUAGCUGAAGUGCAAACCAUAGGUGACUUUUUAAUUAGCACAAUCAAAUGUUUAACCACAGAAUGUCUACAAGAAUUACAGCUUUAAAAAAUACAACUAAUUUUUAUAUUUCAAAAAAUAUCUGAACUGAAAUAAAUUAAUUUCUUAAAAAGUA